AUGGUCGUUUCCCACGUUGUACUCCUGUCCUUCAAAUCUGGCAUCAGUGAUGCCCAAAAGGAAGAAGCUUUGACUAGCCUCCGCAUGAUCAAGGAAAAAGCGGUGCAUCCAACAUCCGGCAAGCCUUUGGUCAAGUCACUGAUUGGCGGUAAAAAUAACUCUCCAAAGGGGUAUAAUAAGGGUUACGAUUACGCUUUCACCUGGGAUUUUGAAACACCCGAAGAUCGAGAUUACUACACAUUCAAGGACCCUUACCAUACUUCGAUCACUCCUGUUAUUUUAGAUGCAAUUGAGAACAUCAUUGUGGUAGACUUUACCCCACACGAGUUCUGA